CUGAUAGAACCACUGGUGUAUAUUGAUAAACCGUUAUCUUUGAAUGAACAUUUGGGUUCUUUUAAAGCCCAGUUGGCGAUAAUUUCUCUAAUUCUAACAGGACUUUCGGACUUGCAGAUCGAAAUCAUCUGAAAUCAAAAUAAACUUUUUUAUUAGAUUAACUCAUUAAAGAAGUACCUAUGUACACACUGGUUCGUGUUACACGUGUUCAAAAACAAUUAAAGAAAAGUAAUUUAAACAAAGGUGUACGAAGUCAAUUUAAUUUGAAUUAUAAUUGGAAGUACGCAAUGUGCAUACACACACGGACUACUUUUUCUCCCCGCAUGUCUACCUACCGACUGUGCAGGUGGGAACUAUCAGGAAUAGACCAGGUGGACAAGGUCGUCAGGGCCCGGGUGAUAACGGAAAACAUCGUCUGCUUUAACGUUUCAACACCGUCCCUACUAGUGACUAAAUAUAGAUAUCUGGAUAUUAGAAUAACGUGAACAUUUCUUGGAGUAGAAUAGUGACCCACCGGAAAAAAGUUCGAUAUUCGUCUGUUAGCGGUAUGAUGAAAAUGGGGCAAUAAAAAUAAUCUGAGGGCAUCAAAGAUCAAAUUGAUCAUUUUUGAAAGUUUAAUCAGUAUUUCAAAAUACAUAUAAUAUCAACAGCACGUAUGUUCAAUUGUUUUCAGUAAUAUUUUGGAUAGGCAUAUUUUCCUUUACUAUCUUGUGACAAUACCAGAUGAUUAAAAUGUCUGAAAGUGUGAUGGCCAGUACUGAAAGCAUGCCUUAUAAUCUUUCAACGGUUGGAACAUCUGAACUAAAGUAUAAAAUAGAGCAGCGCUUCAAAGAAGAAGCGACUUUAGCGUACAACAGACAGUUCUCACCUAAUCCACAACAUAACGCAUCACCCGGACCACCUCGGAUUUCACCGAAGCCGCCAGAAUAUACUGAAGAACCCUCAGUGAACGAAUCUAGUCCAAAGGUAGAAUAUGAACAACGAGUGUCAGGUCAAACAGAAGAUGGAGUGGUUUAUCAAACAGACGGUACAGUUGCAGACUAUACGGAAGAAGGAAAUAGGGCGGCAAUGCAGUUGACGGAAAAUGGCGAUGAGGACAGAGAAUUGCAACCUCCAGAACUUCCGGUUUCCAGUAUGGGGCCCGCAACUAUGCAGGACACAACCAUUUCAUAUAACGAAAUUCAGGAUUCCUGUAAUGUCACAAACGACUGUCCUGAGGAUAUUGCUACAGAUGGAAUGUCGGAAGAUAACAUGGCAGCAAUGGCCUUGACUAAUGAAGAAAAUUUAGACCAGCGUAUAAAUGAAAUAUCCUCGGAAGAAAGUUUGGCCUAUCAACAACAAAAUGUUACAAAACACGAAGGAAUGAAUGGUGAAGCGUUGAACUAUUCAACUGAAGGAAAUGUUUACACGCAGCUUGGGCCGCCUACAGACGGCCGAGAUCAACAACUAAUUACAAUUGAUCCAAGCUACCUUAAUGCACCAGCUUCAGAGCAAAGUGAAAGGGGAACCAGUCAUAGUGCACUAAGCGCCGCAUUACGUAGCGGGUACACAGUUCAAAAUUUGACACACUUAACCCCGAGUCAUGUGACACACGCAGCCUUUGAUAAUGCUGGUCAUCUACUUCCACAAGCGGAUGUCGAGGCCUUCUUCAGCGAUAUGGAGCGACCCAUGGCUACGAGUGUGAGCUUGUCCGGGAUGUAUUCCACGGGGACGGGUCAGUUAACCACCCUGACAAACCCACCCGGUUUAACUCUUGCGCAGACAUAUCAUGCACAGAACGGAAGUGGGCGGCUUAUUACGCUACAACCGCCAUCUUAUUCCGAUACUCAAGGUGAAUAUGGACUUACACAAUUAUACUCGUCUCGCCAGGGUACCAUGCCGCCUCAGUACAUUGGGUCCGACCAAGGAUCCAGCUCAUCACCCACACCGCAAGCAAACACAUCAUGGGGAACCAGUGGACAGGACACACUAUACGCUACAACUACAUCAAGCCAUACAAUCGGGAACCAGACUCAGAAAUACGCAUAUCCUACAUUAAAUGACAGUCCCGUCGGAAGGGACGAUUCUCAAAUCUCUGCUCAGUACUCACGGACACCGGUGCUUCCUGCGGCCACCUCGUACACAGGGUACCUAUCUCAGGACCUAAACACUGGCGGCUGGUACCAGAAUGUACCCAGUCCUUAUUCGGAUGUAAGACCUACCGACGAAGAUUAUUAUGCAGAAGGAAGGGAAUGUGUCAACUGUGGGGCUAUAUCCACUCCAAUGUGGCGCCGUGACGGCACAGGUCAUUAUCUCUGUAAUGCUUGCGGUCUACACCAUAAAUUGAACGGUCUCAAUCGGUACCAGGGUAAAAGCUCUCCUUCCGCGGAGGAUGAACCACCCGAGGAGAAAAUCAGAAAGUUUGAACAGAAGUACGACAAGACAAACAGUAAAACCCGCAUGGGUUUACAAUGUGCCAACUGCAAUACAACAACAACUACGUUAUGGAGGCGUAAUGGCGAAGGGGAGCCUGUAUGUAACGCUUGUGGCCUCUACUUCAAACUUCAUCAGGUAAACAGACCAAUGUCGAUGAAAAAAGAUGGUAUUCAGACUAGGAAACGGAAACCUAGAACGUCAAAUAGCAAGAAGUCAUCUUCAAAAGAUUCUGCACAUACGACACACGGCACGUCACACAGUUUGAAUACUACGCAUGCGCAGUCAGGACUUCUAGACCUUAGUCAACGGACAGAUAACACACUUGCCACAUCUAUGCCAGAUGUUAAACCAGUGGCAACUUACAACAGUAUGUACCAAAAUCAUAGUUCAGCCGUACUUGCCGCAUUGAACACGCCACCUCCUGCCUUACUUCCGGUUAGCGCCCUUGCAUCACAAUUGAGCACCCCUGUUAAUAACACGUACAGACCGAGUCAAGACAUUCUAUACGCAAAAACCAUGACCAGUGCUAUGGAACGUGAACAAGUCAACUCAGUUGCUAAAAACAACCCUAACCUUUCUAGCCUUAUGAACUUUAAAAUGGACACAAAGCCUGUGAAAUCAGAACCAAUGUGUACCAUGGAAGAUCAGUCAAAUUAUACUGUACUGAAAAUGGAAAAUGCAAUGACAUACAAACAUGACCAAUCGAUGGUUUUCAAAACGGAGCCGGACCAAUCAGAAUUAAUGAAAUCACCACAUGACCUUUUUGAGCCAUCUCCUCCAAAGGCAGUUCCGGUUUCAGUUGAAAAUGGUUCCCCGGAAAUGCGCGAACAUACACCCGGGACAGAAUCCAAUUCAGAUAUGAUUCAGCUAAAACCAGCUAUUGCAGUUUCUCAAACUUAAUGACAGACGAAACAUAUGCUAAAUUCCAUAUCACUGUGUCCAGUGUACAGACGAACCAAUAAACUGGUAGUUGGAGCUGAAUGUGUCAAGUUGGAAUGUAUAUAUGGACUUCAGUUAUUUUUUCUAAAGAAUAACGCGAAAUUAUGCAUAAUGUUUUACAUUCAUCAUUGUUUCUUGUAUAUAUUUGCACAUGUUUAAGCUUUAAAACAGCUGUAACAGUGUACAGAAUUUUGUUUAAUUGUUUUAUCCUAGUGUCUUAACAAAUAAUUUAGCAAAUAAGUAUAUUUGAUAUGUUGCUGAAGUAUUUUGUUUAAGUUCCAUCUCUAUCAUGGUUUAAGUUGUUAGGAUUUCUUAUCAUUUAAAAAAAAGUAUAUCUAUUAAGUGAUCAAAACUAUUCGAUAUGACCGAUAGAAUGUGUUGUGGGGUUGCAUUUUUGCAUUUGCCGUUCUAUUGGAAAAUAGAUGCAACCAGUUUGCCUUUUGUUGAUAUAUAAAUAACACAGGCCAGCGCUGAGAAAAGUAAUUACGCCUCGGAUGUUAUUACUUUUAGAAAGUUGACAAUAUCACAUAUCAUCCGAGCUGGCCUGUGUUAUUUGUCUUAGUGGAAAACACUUUCCCGUGAUGUUUAAAAGCCUGAAAAGUUAGCUUUAUAUAUAAAUUAUUUUUUUCUAACAAACACCGGCAUUCUUUUCGGGAAAUUCGGUGGGGUGAUAUACACAACAAUUAUCACACCAUAUCAGAGUGAUGGUCCGUGCAAUUUCACAUUGAAUGUUUACUUUAAAUAGUAAUAGUAAAUUGCUAUAUGCCCAGCUGCCUGGAAAAUGUAACGUAUAUGCUACGUAUUAUAUCAUGUUUUUUCUUUUUUUAACAUUUCUUACAUUUUAAGUUACUUUCUUAAGAGAUUAUAUCAGGCAUUUACAUAUACUGAACCGCUUAAUAAACACACCUAAAAAAUAUUGUGAAUAUUUGAAGCUAUAUCAAAAUAAUAAAUAUAAACCUGUUGCGUAUAAUUUCUGAUGUUUAAUUUUGAAAUCAUUCAUGCGUGAAAACGGGGUAGGUAAUUUAGGGUUCACAUCACGACUUCCGGUCUGCGAUAAAUUGUGAUAAAAUGUGAUAUUUAACGUCAGUAAUGAUGAAAAAUCCCUUCAUUAACUGUCCGUCCUAAAAAUAUUUUGUCUAUAGGGGUAAUGUUUACAGUUUUCCAGCUCAAGCCGCAUAGGGGGUGAUUUGGUCUGUGUUCAGACUUACGUUUUGUUCACAUGAGAUAACUCCUGAGACUAUUCAAACUUUAUAUAAUUAUGUCCCUUUUCUUCUCAAAACAUACUGAUAACUAGAGCCAAGAAAGAUGGUCAGAAUAUAUGAGAAAAAUGAUUUUAAAAAAUAAAAGAUUAUCUAGUCGGUAGCCAGACUACGGGGUGAUUUUUCGACACAAAAAAGAAAUUUCGAAGUACCAAGUUGUAAAGGGUUGAUUUCAAUACAUGUUUAAACAUAAAUCAACAUGCUAUUUUAGUGAAAUGUUUCAAUGCAUCUUAUACAUAAAUCAACGUGCUAUUUUAGUGAAAUGUUUCAAUACAUCUUAUACAUAAAUCAACGUGCUAUUUUAGUGAAAUGUUUCAAUACAUCUUAUACAUAAAUCAAUAUGCUAUUUUAGUGAAAUGUUUAAAAAUAUUCGAAAUUUUAGGCUAAUUAUCGAAACAGAUAACGAAACAGUCUUAAGGAGAGCUCGUUGAUUUACACCCGAAAAUGAAUGUUUUGAUCUUAAAAAUGUUCAAUAAGAAAAAUGGAGAUUAGAAUAAAAGUCAAUUUAAUGAUCAGCAUAUCAGAAGAAAAUUUGAAUUUUAACAAAUUUUGUGUCAUUUUUUUUGGAGUGUGUGUACAGUUCCGUAAAUAAGCUCGUCUGGUUGAUUAAAUUGCUGCCAAGUGCAAGCUUCUUAUAAUGCAACAUUCUUAGAGAAAUCCAAAAUCUAAGCACAGUACAGGAGUUAUUUUCAGCUAUGUGUUACGUUUUUUAAGCGGUUCAGUAUACUAUGUUUCUGGUCACUUGAGUAUCACACCAAACGUUAAACAAUUAAGACGUUAAACCAUUUUUUUAAUAUAAAAUUUAGAAAUAAUUUUAAUUAAACAGCCAGAUAUGGUUUCACAUGAAAGGAAAACAUAGUUAGUGCAUCUUUAAAAUAUUAUACCUUUUUUUCCAAAGAAUUACUUAUCUGUGAAUAAAUGGUGUCUUAAUAUGAGUAUUAUAUGGUGUUAAAUAAAGAAAAUAAGCAAGUUGGGACAGAAAUAAAAUUGUUAUAAUUAUGUUGAGUAGCUUGAAGCAUAGCAAGAAUGCAAAUUUUAUAGGCUUUAUUUACACUUCGGAUUUAUUUAGGGAAAAGGAAGUUUUGUGAGUUACAGAAACGUAUUUACCGGUUUCUGUCGAUAUGUCCAUUCGGUUGGAAAACAAACGAGAACAUUAAAAUAUUUGUGGUAUCGUCUGUAGCUAUUUCACCGCUGAAAGAAUACACCUAGGCUUAAAAGGAAAUUGAAAUAAAUGAAGUUGUUUUUCUCUGACUGUCUUAUACUGUAUUUUCUGUUUUUCUUUAAAGCGCAGUUUACACGUUGGUACUUGUAAACUUACGCAAAAGCAUGAAUUCGGGCCUUGAAUAUUUAUAACAAUGUGUCUUCUUUGAAUUAACUUGUAUGAUUUUGUUGUAUAAAUGCAUUUCAGCUGCACGUACGUCAGUCAGCCAUCAAACCUUGUCGCGUGUCUUUGCAUUGUUUAAUGGAUUAUAAUACACUACAGCAACGGCAAAUGUUAUCAUGCAUGUAUAUGUCAAUAAAAAAUACGGCAUACCACCAUAUGGACGGAAACCUUGUCUGAAAUAUAUCAAAAUAUUCACGUGUUAAUGACGGAUAAACGAAAAAAAGUGAAUAUUAUAUAAUUAAGGUUUGUGUAAAGUAAGGUAAAGCUGAAUUGCAUAUAUCUCAGAUGUACCUCGUCGCUAAUGAUGUGUAGAGCUUCACAAGUAGUUUGUAUGAGAUUUAUAUAUAAAGUAUUCAUACAAAUUAUUAGGAAUGCUAUUUUAUUCGAAAACCUUCAACUGCACAUAUUCUUGUAAGUAAGUGAUGAACAUAAAUCUGAAGAAUGAAAUGUUGUCGUAACAUUUUGGCUCCACAUUUCGUAUGCAUCUUUUAAACAGUAUUUGCAUUAAUUCACGUUUUACAAAGCUCACUUAAAUUACCUUGAAGUGUUGAUUGUUACCAGUAUCUCUACAUACCUGUUAAACUGAUAUAAAAAUGCGAUAUGAUUUUGCUGCAUUUAGCAAAUCAAAAGUGUAAAUUACCUACCUGCCCUUGGUGCAUAAUUACAGAAUAACUGUGUAAUUGAUAAUGACGUCGCAUGAUUGGGUACCUUCUCCCUUUUAGAUGUUUUUGCCUACAAAAAAUGAAACUAUAGUAACGCUAAGCUAGAGUAACACAAAAGUGCAAUGAAAACAAUCAUUCUAAAAAAUUGUUAAUUUGUGUAUAUGAUAUAUGGAGCCAAACAGAUGUGACGUCAGUUAUGUCUUACAGGUUUGACGUCAGUUAGGUCUUACAGGUUAUUUAAAUAUUAUUUUGGCAUGUUUUUGUUUCGUAUUAAAAUGUAUCUGGUAAAACGAGAAACGUUGCAGCAUUUCUGUAAUAAAGUAUUGUAUUGAAUGAUA